CCCAUUCGAACCCCCAAAGAGAUAAGAGAGCAAAAGUAUCCACACAACUCAAAAGAGAAGGAAGGAAGAGAGCAGUCCGCAGGUUCAUCUUUCAGUGCGUAGUACUGAUUGUUUGAUCCAUAACUUAAGAUUGACUCGUCCAAUUUAGGCGUAUAAGAUACCAAAAGAAAGCUCUCAAGACGAGGAAUCCGUGAAGGUCUUGUUUGCAUCAAUCGGAGUAGUGGAAGGCUUCCAAAUCGUCCGAGAAAAACACAACCUCGCAGGAACGAAUUUAAUCUUCUAAAGUUAGAUACUAACCUAGAGCAAAUCUUGGAAAAACUAGGAAACGAGUUAGCCGGAAAACACCCAUUCUAGGGGCUGUUUUCGUAUCAACGUUUAGGGGUUGAAGUAGCACUUUGAGAAGGCUGUUUAACGCUAAUUUCUAAGCAAGGAAUCAGUUCUCAAGCUUCCUUGGCCGAGUAUUUGGUCAUUGGAUUGAGAAGGAAAGUUUUAAAGCUCAUUUGAGGUUGAAGCUAGAGCUUGCAUCCUGUGCUCGUUGAUUGAGUGAUUCCUCGGAGGGAAGACUUGGUUCGUGUUCCUCCAUUCCAUUUGAAAUAUUAAUAAAUUGCUCAUGGAUAUUUUACUUUAGAGCCUGCGUGCUCAUGAUUUCAAACUAUGUUUUCCGCUGCGUACUGAAUUGUUUAUUAUGUAUGUUUAUGGAUGAUUUAUGUGUGAAUGAUAUUCAUGACGCCUUGUAUAAUAUGGAUGCGGUUGACUGUGGUUGACUAUCCGUGUUGUACGGCGGGUUGUUGACGUGUCCGGGUAGGUCCGGGGUGUGACAAUUUAAUUGGUAUCAGAGCCUUAGUCCAUAAACUUCAUAAUGAAGUCUCAAAAUUCUCUUUUCAAAAUGAUUUUGAAAACCAUGAGCAUAAAUGUUUUGUACUUGUAGAGCUUUUGGUACUUGAGUUGCAAGGUCUCUAUUUGUUAAGAUGGUACCCUUAUCAAUUGGUAUGGCAUCAAUUUGAGCCAAGUAGUGUCUCAAGUACCGCUCUGUCAAUUGACAUUUGAUACGAGUCUAACGACUCUUUCCAAAUUUCUUUCAGAAAUGGACCGUGGUGGCAAGGUUACUUGGAGAAACCCAACGGGCCGUGCACCGGUGGAGACCGGGCAGGGCAGCCGUAGGACCUCUAGGGCAUCUAGAGGAGCGGGCCGUGGGGUCCGAUCGCAGACCGUGAGCGACGGUCAUGUGGGCACUGAGAACGAGAGCUACUGGUCCUAUGAGGACUCGACCUAUCAACCGGAAACCGAGCCGGUUGAGACCCCUUAUGAAGGGGAUGAUGAUGAUGUAAGUGAUGAAGAGGAGGAAAAUGGCUCCUUGGCAAGAAUUGAGGCGCUGCUCCAACAGUACCACCGAGAGCGUGAGGAGAGGAGGGAACGCCGAAGGCACCGAACAGGGCAACCUUCAGGCAUGGCUUCGAGAGGAGGAAGCCAUGGUGAUUCUAGAGCCCAAGAUGAACCACAUGGGGGCCAUGGUGAUGGAGGUCCAACCAUAAGGAUCUCAAAAUUCAUCAAAGAAGCAAGAGAUUUGGGGUGCAAACCGUUCGAUGGAACGGGGGACAUUUCAGUUGCCGCACAAUGGAUCAAGAGGCUAAAUGAAGCAACCCUUGACAUGCAAAUCACGCCCAAUCUUAAACUGAGAAUUGCGGUAAGAUUCGUAUGGUUCACAUGCUCUGGGAAUGUCUCUGUGUCAAAAACACUCUUGCAAAACUCCACGAUAUCUGGACCCACAACGUCCCAAAAAUGCUGGUAAAAGCCAGGACUCAUACCGUCAGGUCCAGGGGAUUUAUCAAGAAACAUUGCAAAAAGGGCUGACUUCACUUCCUCUCCUAAAAUGGGGCGUAGAAGAUUAAAAUUAUGGGAGUCGUCAAGUUUUUUCCCCACACAAUCAUACACGAAAGUGCCAUCACCCUGCAAAGAAGAAAAUAUAUUAACAAAAUAAUCAUUAAUAAUUCUACUAACUCCCUCCCGGUCUUUCUCCCACCAAAUUUUGAGGGUCGGGCCUAAGAAUAACUCAACGGUACGUCUUCUCAAUUGUAAGAGAACAUAUAUGAGGAUAUAUGACAUUAUGAUAUUCGGGCUCGGCUUGACUCAAUAACAACCUUAUGUUGAAGUGAAACGAAGGUAGAGAGAUUGUUUUGACGUUGAUAUAAAUGGAAUGAGCUGUUGUCACACUCGACGAAAUGAGCAGGAAAUUCUUUCUUAGUAAACUAGUGUUAUUACCUAGGACAAUUUACAAAGAAAUUGUGUGUAAAAGAUAUGACGAGUACACUACAAAAAACGGCAUUUGUCACGGAUUUGAUCCUUGACAGGUUUGUCACGGAUUUAUCUCCCAUGUCACCAAAAACCUUUGUCACAGACAAAAUCCGUGACAAAGCUUUGUCACAGACGUUUUCUGUGACAACACGGCUCCGGUGACCGGAAACUUAUGCCGGCGUAAUUUUUUUAUUCCGGCGUUUUGUCACGGGCCAAAUCCGUGACAAAUUUAUUAUUAUUUUUUCGUUUGUCACAGACGGAUCCGUGACAAAGCCCAAUAAUUGCUAUUUCGUUCCAACGGUCACCGAAUUAAUGUUGUACGGAUAGAGGUUGUCACGGAAAAAUUCUGUGACAUAGUGUUUGAUAUGUGCAAGAACAGUUUCAUUCGACUCAUACCGGUUGAAAUUCAAUCGGAGUAUAAUACAACAUCUGUUGAAAGAUUGAAGGAUGUAAUCUUAUGUCAUUUUCCCUGCCUAUGCAGAUAAAAUAUGUCAUUUGAAUUAUGUAUCUUUUUUAAUGCUACAUGAAAAAAAUCGUUUUAAAU